AAGAACUAGAAACGCUAUUAGCCCGGAAUGACAUUUGCAUUGCUGUUAAAGAAAGAUUAGCGAAGGACUCCGGAGCAGCUGACGAGAAGGAAUACGAUGAUAUCGUGGAAAGGCUCUUAUCGCGGCCUAGAGCUAGAGGGGUAAUAGUGUUCGGAUCAGAUCAAGAAGUAGCAGGCGUAAUGGCAGCAGUACAACGCAAAGGGGCUGGUAGUACCUUCGGGUGGGUCGGCUCUGAUGGCUGGAGCGCCAGGGCUCUGGUCGCAGCUGGUAACGAGCCCGUGGUGGAAGGGACCAUCAGUGUGCAGCCACAGGCCAACCCAGUGAGGGGCUUCAAGGAAUACUUUCUCGGACUGACGCCUGAGAACAACGCUAGGAAUCCUUGGUUUGUCGAAUUCUGGGAAGAGCAAUUCCGUUGCCGCUACCCAGGCGCACCUCGUACACCAUACAAUAUAAACUACAAGCCUUGCACAGGACAUGAGAAACUAUCUGCUGAAAAUACGGAGUUUGAAGCACAACUGCAAUUUGUUGCUGAUGCUGUCUGGGCUUUUGUGUUUGCUAUCAGGGAUAUGCACAGUGACUUAUGCGGUGGAAAGCCAGGUUUAUGUGAGGCGAUGAGACCAGUGAAUGGACCAACUCUACUGCGGUAUCUACGGCAAGUACGCUUUACAGGAUUGAGCGGAGACGAAUUUCAUUUCGACCAAUAUGGAGAUGGACCAGCUAGAUACAAUAUAUUACAUUUUAAACAAAUUACACGUGGUGUGUAUAGAUGGAUCAGAGUUGGGAAAUAUCUAGAUGGGGAGUUGCAACUGAAUAUGGAUGAUAUUCAAUUCAAAUGGGGGCAGGCUCACCCGCCGGAGUCGGUCUGCAGCGCGGAGUGCGAGCUGGGACAGGCCAAGCAGUACGUGGAGGGCGAGAGCUGCUGCUGGCACUGCUUCAACUGCACACAGUAUGAGAUACGAUCACCAUAUUCAGAAACGGCAUGUGUAGAAUGCCCCAGGGGCACGUUACCAGACGCAGCGCGAACACGAUGUGCCCCAAUACCAGAAUUAUAUCUCCAACCGUCUUCACCAGCUGCUAUCGGAGCUAUGACUUUUUCUGGUCUUGGUAUCAUAUUGACAAUCCUGAUCGUUACCUUAUGGAUACUUAGAAGUAGCACGCCAGUAGUACGCGCAAGUGGUCGGGAACUGUCCUUCGUGCUACUAACCGGGAUACUCAUGUGCUACUUGGUUACAUUUGCUCUUGUACUCCGCCCAACCGACUUGCUAUGUUCUAUUCAAAGGUUCGGUACAGGUUUCUGUUUCACAGUAGUAUACGCAGCUCUUCUUACAAAAACUAAUAGAAUUGCCAGAAUAUUCGACGCAAGCAAACACUCCGCUCGACGACCAUCUUUAAUAUCACCGAAGUCACAGCUCUUAAUAUGUUCCGUAUUGGUUUCAAUACAGGUGGUGAUAGUGGUGGUAUGGCAACUCGUAUCCCCAGCCCGUGCGAUUCACCACUAUCCAACGCGCGAGGAUAACAUGCUGGUCUGCGACUCUUACGUGGACGCGUCGUAUACCAUCGCCUUCUUCUACCCAGUAGUCCUGAUCGUGGUGUGCACGGUAUAUGCUGUGCUCACUAGGAAGAUACCAGAGGCUUUCAAUGAGAGCAAGCAUAUAGGCUUCACAAUGUACACGACUUGUGUGAUAUGGCUCGCCUUCGUGCCAUUGUAUUUUGGCACGGCGAGUCACGUGCCACUGCGUGUAACCAGCAUGGCCGUCACUAUCUCGCUCAGUGCUAGCGUCACGCUGGCGUGUUUGUUCGCACCUAAAAUGUACAUAAUCCUCAUCCGACCGGAGCGCAACGUGCGCGCGAACAUGAUGACGUCAAAAUGGCGGAGUGGCGCGCGCGGCACCGCCCCGGGCGCGGUGUGUGCAGCGCUGGUGGGAGCUGCGCCCUUGCCGCGCCCUGCUGCUACGCCCUCUACAGAUUUAUCUACGUUGGAGGCGGAGCGAUCAACAUCCACCGACCGCCAAGUCCAAACAGACGACCUAAACAGUCCGACCACGAACCAGAACGGGCUAUGUUUAGAUGCCAAAAAGCUAGCAGAACUCGCCGGUGGUCUGCCCGCGUUCGAAGCGAGCGGUGUCAGACGACGCGCGGCGGCGGAACCGGCGGUACGCGUGGCGGUCGCUGUGGUGGGGGGACGCGUUCACUUAUAGCCAAGGGUGGCUAGACUGCCUGUUUUGGUCUGACCGGACUAACAAUAGGAAGACACAUGAAACAAGUUGUAAAGAAUACACUCUCAAUAAACUCAGUUGGAGUGAAUGGAAAUGAUUACAGUAAAAAGAAAAUUUUAAGGAAAUCAUGAAGAUAAUGAGAAGAGAGAUGUUAUGAGAUAUCACUCGUAUUUAUAGUUUUUCUUGGCUUAUUUCGUGCUGGUUUCGUGUUCUGGUCCAAUAAUCAAAUUGAAAAUGAAAUAUUAUGAUUUUAUUAUAAUUUUAUAGUAGUUACAAGCUUCGGCAAUAAUUUGUACUAAAUCAUCUAAAUAAGUAUACAAAAUUUUUAACGACACAUAUUAUCGCAGAUAUGGCAUUGCAAUAAUUAUCUAUUUAUUUAAUAAUUAUUGUGAAUUUAAAAUAGAAACAUUUCCUGGAUGUUGUAAAUUCUUAACAGAAUAUAAUAUUA